UGGAAAAACAGGUACAAAGAAAAAGAAAAGAAAAAAAUAAUAAAAUAUUCAGUUCUAUGGUUGCAUACCAAAGCAAAGCGUGUCCACAGUUCUGAAAGAACUCCAAAAACUAGAACUAGAAACUGCGUCUCCAGUUAGGGUUUUUUAGGGUUUCUCUCUCUUCCACAAAUCUAUUCAACGCAAUGACUUCGAAUUCCAUUCCUAGUGUUUUACCGUCACCUCGUUCCAUGUUCUAGGGUUUCGAUUGCUGCAAAGGGAGGAGAAGUUUUGUAGAGAGAGGGUAAGGGGGCUACCGAGAUGGAAGCCCGAGUAGGCGUGUCUGGCCAUGGAGGUGUCGUCGACGGAGGCACGAGGAAAUUCUUGCACCAUCACCAGCAACAGCAACCCUCUGUGCAUCAGCAGUCGCAGAUAGGGACGGUGCCGCAGCUUCUCGCCGGCGGAAUUGCCGGCGCUUUUAGUAAGACCUGUACGGCUCCACUUUCUCGCCUCACCAUUCUCUUUCAGGUGCAAGGUAUGCACUCUGAUGUUGCGACUUUAAGCAAGCCCUGCAUAUGGCGCGAAGCUUUACGUAUUGUCAAUGAAGAGGGCUUUAGAGCCUUUUGGAAAGGGAAUCUUGUCACCAUUGCGCAUCGCCUUCCAUAUUCUUCAGUGAAUUUCUAUGCUUAUGAACGCUACAAAAGUUUUUUAAAAUCAAUUCCUGGCAUGGAAAGUCGUAAGGGAAGUGCGGGUGCAGAUAUUGGUGUCCACUUUGUAGCUGGUGGGAUGGCAGGAAUUACGGCUGCAUCUGCCACAUAUCCUUUGGAUCUUGUGAGGACACGACUUGCAGCACAGAGAAGUGCAAUAUACUAUAAUGGCAUUUGGCAUUCGCUUCGAACCAUUUGCAGAGAUGAAGGUGUCCUGGGCCUUUAUAAGGGGCUUGGAGCAACAUUGUUGGGGGUUGGACCCAGUAUAGCAAUAAGCUUUUCUGUUUAUGAAACCUUGAGAUCUUAUUGGCAUUCUCAAAGGCCCAAUGAUUCUACUGUUGUCGUCAGCCUUGCCUGUGGCAGUCUUUCAGGCAUUGCAUCUUCAACAGCAACAUUCCCUUUGGAUCUUGUGAGGCGAAGAAUGCAGUUGGAAGGGGUUGCUGGUCGAGCCCGUGUCUAUAAAACUGGCCUAGCUGGGACAUUUAGGCACAUAAUCCGCACCGAAGGCCUGCGGGGCUUGUAUAGAGGAAUUCUGCCAGAAUACUAUAAAGUUGUUCCCAGUGUAGGAAUUGUUUUCAUGACUUAUGAGACAUUGAAGAAGCUUCUGUCACAUGGGCCUUCUAAUAGUUAAUUGUCAUUGCAUCCAGAGGCCAUCUUUCGGGCUAUCAGUUUUGUAACUCAUUUUAUAUUCAGACAUGAAAAGAACAUACAAACAGUCGGUUAAAGAUACAAAGUAGGUAGAAGAAUAGCUCUCUUCUUAUUUGCUGAGAAAUUCCGUGGUGGUAAAUUUUGCGGUUGCUGCCAGGAAAUAUUUGUCACUGUAUAGGCUAUUAAAUAGCAUUGUGAGGGUUGCAUCAAGUGUAAACUGUUCCAAUGUAUCAUUCAUUGAUGAUUUUAUCAUCAUUCCUGUUGUUUUAUACGUGUCUCUAUUCAGGUUAUGUUUCCUUGCUACUUGUGAGCAUACAUAUUUUUUUUUUUAAAGCUGGAAUUUUUUAUCAGCUGUUACAGACAGUCUAAUGAUGAAAGACUUUAUUUUAUUUUUUGUUA